UACAGCGCAGGGGAGCUUGUUUAGCUAAGGGUCGUUUCCCAAAACAAAAGACGCUAUUAUGUAUGACCGCUCCACGAGUGGUCUUAUAAACCUCGAAUGGACCCGCUGGAGGACGACAGCUUAAAUUCGUGGGAUUUUUCUUCCUGAUCAGAACUUACUUCUUCGUUAUUCUACGUUGGAAAUUUUUUUGGGGCAUUUGUACCAACAAGAAACACGAGAAAAAUGGCGACUCACACCGGCAAGUGCGACUGCGGCCAGCUCGAAUGGACCGUCAAGCUCGAAGAUGAAUCUCACGUUCUCUGCCACUGCGACACCUGCAAGAAACUCAGCGGCGGUGCUUUCACCCUCAACCAGAUUGUGCCCAAGGACAAUGUCAAGGUCCUCAAGGGCGACCUGAAGAACUACACUUAUGCCGGCGAGUCAGGCAACCCCGUCCACUGCUACUACUGCGCCAACUGCACCACGAGCCCUUUCCACCACCAGACUGUCCUGGGCGACAAGUACGUCGUCCGCACCGGCCUGUUGGACAACUACAAGGAAUUGAAGCCCUCAGCGGAGAUCUUUGGCAAGGCCAAGCUCUCCUGGCUUCCCGAGGUUGCUACUACUUUUGAGACUCUCCCUCCGUCGUAAACGUGAGGGGUGGAAAAGCAAUAGGGGGUUGGUUAAUGGGCAAUUUGGUCUUUAUUUAUUACGAAAGUGACGAUGCUUGGGACGAAGUUCACAAUGAAGAAAAUAAAAAUUUGACAAAUAUAACCAAGAUCACAAACUCGUGAAACAGGGAAAUAUCUUCAACAAGUGAGAUUUUGAACAUGCAUCAUAUACCCCGUUGAGAC